GUUGGGUUCUGUCGAUGUUGAGACGGUCCAAGAUGUGCAAGAUGUCGUCGCUCCCUUCCUCGCUCGACGCAAAAGAAUCUCCGUCUCUGUCACAACGGGGUGGACGAGGGGAAAAGGAAGUCGUCGCUUAGCGGAGGGUCAGACAAGUCCCCACUGCGAACAGGUUAACCUUAUCCUUACUUCAUCCGGAGAUUCCGGCACCCCUUUUUUUGAGCUCGCCAAAAGUUUAGAGAACAAGAUGUAAUCAUCGCUGUAUUCCGUAGGGUAGUCAUCAUGCUGUCCCAAAUCCCCUCUGUACCACCCCAACCAAUCACCAUAACAGCCUCCCAAAUCUUCUGGGACCUUCUCGAUCGAACAACCGGCAUACGGCCCGGCGCGCACCCGCCAUCUUCGGACGAAGACACGAACGACACCGGACCUGACGAUGACCAUCUCAUCAUAAGCCCCGUGCAGCCAUGGCCCAAAACAGCGGGAAAUCUCGGCGGGAGUUUGGCGAAUGGGAUGGGGGGACUUGCGCGCUCGGUUAGCGCGACGAGACUGAGGGUUAAGCUGCCGCCGCUGCCGAUGAGGAGAGGCGAGGUGGAGUACCAUAGUGAUGCUGUGGUGGAUGUUUGGGAGAGAGAACCAACGGCUUGGUCAAGCGACCUCACCUCCCUCAAACAUCUAGCCGCCACAGUUACCGACCCGAUCCUGGCGCCGCCGCAAUCAUCCAGACGCCGCAACAAAAGAUCGACUCAAAAACCACGCACGUCGCUCACAAAAGACCAAAUCCAAUCCCAUUUCCGCACUCUCUUUUUGCACGAUUGCGAGAUCAGCCAACUCGAUGAGGAGUUUCGGAGCGGAUUUAGGAAUCUGGACGCGUUGAGCCUCACGGGGAAUCGGAUCGAGUGGGGGGGUGAUGAGGCGGUGGGCGAGGGUGGUGCUGGCGACGGAGAGGGGCAUGUUGAGAGAGCGAAAGGAGCGAAGGUUGGGAACGUUUUGAGAGGAGUGCCGCCUAGCAUCACGAUUCUGACGUUGAACGCCAAUCUAAUAAAGUCCCCCCCGCCAAUCAGCCAUCUCCGACACCUUGUCCACCUUGGCUUAAGCCACAACACCAUCCAUCAUCUACACGUCCCGAACCCGAAACGAGCAGGCAGUCGGAACGACCUAGCAUCUCAGUCCGACGAGCGGCAGACAAUCCCCUGGUCAGCGCCGCCCACCCUCAUAUCCUUAGACUUGAGUUGGAACAGGAUAUCGGAUCUCCGCAGCGCACUGGAUGUGCUGAAACGGUGGAAUAAGCUCAGGAGCUUGGUGAUGAUGGGCAACCCGGUCUAUCUGUUGCCGUCCUACAAACCGCUGACGCUGUCGAGUCUGCCGACCCUCAUUUCGCUCGAUGACAAUCCCGUCGCGAAGCAAAAGCCAUCGCAGCAGGCUGCAUCGGCGCCGCCUAUAUCGCGGCUCGACCUCGCUGUCCAUCAACUCAUCGACCCGCCACUCCCGCCUAAUGCUGCAGGAAGUAGCCUGGACAAAUCUGCCGCUAUCGCAAGUUUCCGGUCAAGCGGCCCAUCAAUGUCGACCAUCCCCAUACCCACAUUCGUGAUCGACCCAGCCAACCCCCCACCCCCCGACGAGUACACGUACGCAGUACGCAUAACGCUCUCCGAAUCACAGAAACUAUGGACCGGCAAAACAAACGAGGUUAACGCCGCCCCCGUCGUCGAAGGCGCGGACGGGGAAGGUGGUGGCGGGAAGGAGACGACUGCUGCUGCAAAGAAGAAAGAGGCGGCGAAUACCAAGGAGGCGGCGAAAGAGGCGGCGAAGAAAAAGAAGGGGGGGAAGGGGGCUGAGGUUGUGACCACUGAUGAGGAGACGGCUGCCGCGCCUGUUGUGAGGAGGGUGGAUGUGGGAUAUGUUGGGGUGAUGGAGAAACAGGCUGAUUGGGGGCUCGCUAAUGCCUUUAUUGACGGCCUGGCACUGACGCUAACGCUCAGCCGACACACAUUCAUCCCGGCCAACCCACCGGACGCUCCACCCCCUGCGAGCGCAGCCAGCAGCCGUCCUACGAGCUCGCAUAAACGCGGUGCAGCGGCGCCGGCGAAGGGCGCCAAGAAGCUGGGGAAAGGGAAAACUUCGAAUGCGAAUUUGUUGAAGGAGCAGAUGGAGCAAUGGAAGAGGCUCCCAGCCGACUCCAUUGAUAUUGGGUCAGUCACCAUUCCGAUGAAGCCGUUUUUGGAGGGAACCACCGCUGUAGACGCCGAAUACACCUUUCAGCCCUUUCAAGCCGAACAGCCAUCCAAAGACGCCGCUACACGUCCACCCGCACCACCAUCGACCGCCGACGGCAAAACCAAACGAACUACUGACGACGCGGACAGUGGCAGUGCGAAACCCCUAAGCGUGGGGUCGGUGAUUGUGUCGAUACGAUUGAAUGCCGCGGCGGUGGAGAGCCCGCCUGUGCUCGUUCCGGGGAAUAUGGGCGCUCUGGGGGGGAAUGGAGGGAUGGGAUAUUCGGAUGAUGGGGUACAGGUGUAGAUUAUGGGACGCGGGUAGCGCUUUCAUGCAAUAUAGGAAAUUCUUCUGCCUGUAAUAUCUGUAAUAUUCCGGGAUGUUGCCGAUAGGUUGGAUGCACAUCAGGAAUCGACUGUAACCGCUCUGUGGACUCCGAGGGCU